AAAAAAAGGGGGAAAAAGAUGAUUAUGCUGUUUUAUGAUUGAUCAUGUGUACAUUUAAAAAAAAAAACUUCCUUAAUUAAAAAAAAAUAAUUGACUCAAUGACGCGUACUUAUGUCCACAAGUCAAUUUAAUAAGCAAACUUAUAAGGCCAUUAUUACUGCAGUUAGGCAGUCUAAGCCUUGAUCCCUUUAACACCCGUCACCCCAAAGACCUACACAUUUUAAACUUGUACUGUGUCAAGUGAACAUUAAAUAUUUACAAGGUCGCUGUCCCUGGUGUGUGAGGAAGUUGUACAUCCUUCACACCAGCUAUAUAGUCGUAUGAAUAAUACAUGCGUAAUUAUAUCUUAUAUCUCUGUACCAGGAGAUAUUUAGUUGUGACUUCGCAUAAAACAAACUCUUUUGAUACGUGACUUGAUAGGUUAGUUAGUCUACCAAUGAUCUUGCUAACUGCAGUGUGUGUGCUGUUGUUUUAUCUCAGACCAGAUGGUCAAUAUGAAGCAGGAAAAUUUUACAAUAAGACCUUGUUUGUCUUGACCUUCAAAUCCUGACCUUGACCUUGUCAAUACAUCAUCAUGUCAGACCAGAUAAUGACGAAAAGUUCCCCAAUCCGGAUCCACGACAGUUUGGCUGACGUUUUCAUCUUGGUAGGACUGGACGACAAUACAAGCCUCAUUCCGGCCCAUAAAACAGAUUCCGGCAAUGACAUUAAACUGGAAAAUCUUUACACUGAUGACUACGAACCUCAGGUCUUGACAGCUUUAUCGGCCACAACGAUGAUGCAUUUCUUUCCGUUCCCACGCCAAGACAUGGAAUAUCCAUGCAUUAACCUUCAGGAAGCUUUCUACUGCAGCAAUUCCGAAUCUCCCUCACAAAUGAGCCGGUUUCUCAAACGUAACCAAAAUCAAGGGAAGCAACUCCGUACCCAAUCAGUGACCCCAGCCAACAUCACUCGCCUCAUGUCGAUACGUAGGCCCCAGGGCGGGGGCAGGACAGCUAUGAAUACUACCCAAUUCUCCUUUAGUAACUUAGAUUUCCCAGUUUCUGAGGAGGUCAUCAAGUCCAUAACAACUUUCUGUUUCCCAGAUAAUAUGAAAUUAUAUGUGACGGAGCCGGAGAGUUUUGCCCACUUUCUAGUGCUGACUGACAUGUCAGGGGACAAAAGCUAUGCUACGUGUUUGACCUUUUGUCGACCUUUCAUUGUGGAAAAGGAUGACCAUGGCAAUGUGUACAUGACUCUGGACACGACCAUGGAAUCUUUGACCCGUGGUCAGUACCGAUGUUUUAUCCCUCACUGUGGCAUCUUCAUCUCCAAAUUCCCGUACUUCUCAACCACAAAGGAUAUACUCUCUUAUAUGGUGUCCCUUGUAGCCAAAAAGCCUGAUGACAUGUUGGCCUUCAUCAAAGAGAUCUCACACACGGUGACCUUGACCCCUGUGCCCCCUGCUGGCCCUGUGGCUGUUGAAAUACAUCUUCACGAUAAGCAGCCAUUCACUAUCUAUCCGCCGGAGAAGGCCGACAAACCUGUGAUCGACAUACCUCUUCAUUUACUCUUCAUCAGUUUCCAUGACGACCAAAUACUUCAAGUGUUAGCUGCUCUUUUUAUGGAGGAGAGGAUAGUGUUCCUGUCGUCCAGCUAUGCCCUACUCACCACAAUCUCAGAGAGUUUUCUCAACAUUUUAUUGCCGUUCCGAUGGCGAUUUACUUACGUCCCUAUACUGUCACUGAAAGCCUUGGAUCUACUUGAUGCCCCUGGUACUUUUAUAAUGGGUUGUCAUCUUAAACAUCUCAGCAUAGUGGAACAGAUUGAGGGUCUGGUAGUUGUAAACAUAGACGAGGGUACAGUUGUGGUGAACCCUACAUUGAUGACCUCUGACCUUCACCAUAUCCCUGCCAUCCCCAAGGAGCCAGCCACAUCGUUCAGAAAUGUCUGCAAGAGAGCUAGAGUGUUUUUUGAACUAGAAGAUGUACAAAGGCCGACAUGUCACAAUGUUUCUGAAGAGAAAAAGAUUCGAGAGACCCGGAUUCGCAGACUGAAUCGUGUGAUCGAGGAAGGAUGCCUUGAGCUGAUGGUGAAUCUUUUCAGGGGUGUAGUGUUAGAAGUGAGACCGGAGCACCAGAGCUUCAACAAGCAGUUGUUCUUAGAAUCCCAGGGAAAAAACCCGGAGGACAAACUAUUUUACCAGGAGGUUUUAAAGAAAGACAUGUUCAAGUCGUUUCUGGAUGACCGUAUGAAGGAGAAAACAGACUACUGGACGGAGUUUGAGAGGAAGACUCGACAGUUCGUCAAGCAAGCAAGUUUGGGUGAUAUCCGAAUCUCCCAGGUGCAUCCUGCGAGAAAACCUUUGACUAAGCAAGUCUCUUUGUCAAGGAUCCAUGAGAAUCCUUAUGAGCGGCCGUUGGUGAUAGUACGACUUUCACAGAAUAACUCGUCAUCGCGAUAUCUUGCCUCCUGUAUCUCUUCUCUCAAUACGAAAUUAAAGACCUGUAUGGAUUACCAGGAGCGUGUAUCGUAUCUGUACCUCUUGGCCGUGUUCAAGUUUUCUGAACACGAUCAUGUCAGUGCUCUCACAGACAUCAUAACUCUGGCAGCAAUUGACUGGAACCUUUUCCCCAAAAGACUUGUCCAUGAAAUUCACAAUUUGCUUACGGCCCAAGAAAAGCUGAAUCUUGAAAAGGUCAAAGGUUACAGUAGUAUAAUAGAGUCACUGAAAGAGGAAAGCCAAUCCAUGGAUAGCACGAUAAGGCGUUACCAUAACCACAAUGACAUCAUCAAUAUACCAGACGUGGAUUUGCCAUUUGAGAUGUUUAGGAAGUACGUGUCGCUGUACGAGAUGACACAAGAUUGUGAUACCAUACAGAGGCUGUUCGAAGCCCUGACAGGAAUGGCACGGGAAACGCAUCUUGACCACGAGACUUUCCAGGCCUUCUGUUUGUGUUGGCAGGAAAAUCAUGAACAGUGUAUAAAGGUGAUGGAGGAGCGUGACCUACAGACAGAUGAGUCUGUAUUGAAGGUUUCAUCGCUUUGUAAGACAGAUUUCGGAACAGGCCGUGUUGUACUGACAGAUAAAAGGCUGCUGUUUAUGAGGGAUGCUUCAAAGAAGUUGAAAGAAAUUGUCAAGUUACGAGACAUUCAGUCGUUGGAGAAAGUUCAGCUGCAUUCCUUUCUUUCUGUGGUUGAUGCCUUACGGAUAUUUCGACAUGUGCCAGGCAAAGCUGAACAUGACAAGUUUACUGUGUGGUUGAAAGACGAAAGAAACCAUUUUACUCUCCUGAUCCAAGAGAUGUGGGCUGGGAAGGUCAUCUCUGAGGCAACCAAGGACAUUGCUGUCGUGCAGCAAGCCGCACAAAAUGUCCUCCUGGUUGAUACGAUCAUUAGAAGUGGAGAAGAGGAGGGAAGUUCUCACCAUGCAACAGUGGAGAAUUCCGCUGACCACCUUUGCUGUUAUAUACGGGCGAUGGUGCGUGGAGAGCACCUGUUGUCCUCAUUCACCAGGGAGGCUUUACAGAAGAAACUGGAUCCCAACUUUGGUGAACCGGAACGCACUAGUAUACUGGCAUUGCUUUACACCCCAGGAGAUGCAGAAACCCAUUUGUCUCCAAAGUUGUGGUGUGGCCUUGUCAAUGGGAAGGUGCGAGUGUUUGAUGGCAUCAUGUGGACUCUUGAAAAGGAGUUUGUUCAGGCCAAAAAGUCUCUGUCAUGUUUGACGGCAGUUGGAAGGAAACAAGUAUGGGUUGGGUCUUAUGAAAUCUGCAUCAUUGAGACGGAAACAAUUCAGAGCAAGCGUAUCCUUAGUGACCAUGGAGAGUUUGUCAUCGAUAUCAUUGCAGUGGAUGACAGCAGGUAUGUGUACUCGGCCAGUGUGAACGGUGUGAUCAUCAGAUGGUACGUUAAGGGUUUAACAGUGGCCAAUCGCAUUGCUUUGGACAUGUCAGCCGGGGAGACAUUACGGAGUCUGCAACAUGCCCAGGGAUACCUCUGGUGUGGAGUGUGGAAAGGAAUUUGGAAAAUCAAUAAAAGUGGAGAAGUAUUAGCCAAGUUAAGCUUUGACAUUCCCAGAUCAGCGGUCUCUGUUAACCCUGUAGAAAUGGAGUGCUUCCACAUCAUGGAAAACGGUCAGAUCUGGGCUGGGUGUCGCAGAGAUGGCACCAUUGUUGUCAUGGACACAAAAAAUGGCGGGAAAAUUAUGGGUGAACCUAUUAAACUGGAAGCCAAGGGAAUCAGUAUAAUGGUGAAGUUGAAAAACAGGAUGUGGAUUGGUACAAAGUCAGGAAUCAUGUAUGUGGUGGAUAUCGAAACACGUGCAAAAAUAAAAGAUCUCAAGGCUCAUUAUGAUGCUGUGCGUGCACUGUGUUGUGCAGAUGACAGAUACGUUAUAAGUGGUGCAGGAAGUUCUGACGGAAAGAUUAUAAUCUGGUCUCCGACUGACUCCAGGUCAGCUUCAGGACGUUUUUUACUGGAGUAGAGGGACACAACACAGGACUUUUCCUGGGUUAAUGGGACACCUUCUACUGGAAUAGUGGGACACAUUCUACUGGAAUAGUGGGACACAUUCUACUGGAAUAGUGGGACACUUUCUACAGGAAUAGUGGGACACUUUCUACUGGAAUAAUGGGACACAUUCCACUGGAAUAGUGGGACACUUUCCACUGGAAUAGUGGGACACUUUCCACUGGAAUAGUGGGACACAUUCUACAGGAAUAGUGGGACACUUUCUACAGGAAUAGUGGGACACUUUCUACAGGAAUAGUGGGACACUUUCUACUGGAAUAGUGGGACACAUUCUACUGGAAUAGUCGGACACAUUCUACUGGAAUAGUGGGACACUUUCUACUGGAAUAAUGGGACACUUUCUACUGGAUAGUGGGACACAUUCUACAGGAAUAGUGGGACACUUUCUACAGGAAUAGUGGGACACUUUCUACUGGACUAGUUGGACACAUUCUACAGGAAUAGUGAGACACAUUCUACAGGAAUAGUGGGACACUUUCUACUGGAAUAGUCGGACACAUUCUACAGGAAUAGUCGGACACAUUUUACUGGAUUAUGGGACACAUUCUACUGGAAUAGUGGGACAUGUUCUACUGGAAUAGUGGGACACAACAUAGGACUCUUGCUACUGGAAUAAUGGGACACAUUCUAAUGGAAUAGUUGGACACUUGCUACUGGAAUAAUGGGACACAUUCUACAGGAACAAUGGGACACUUUCUAUUGGAAUAAUGGGACACUUUCUACUGGAAUAGUCGGACACAUUCUACAGGAAUAGUGUGACACAUUUUACUGGAUUGUGGGACACAUUCUACUGGAAUAGUGGGACACAUUUUACUGGAAUAGUGGGACACAUUUUACUGGAAUAGUGGGACACAUUUUACUGGAAUAGUGGGACACAUUUUACUGGAUUGUGGGACACAUUCUACUGGAAUAGUUGGGUUCAGGAUGAUUCUUCCCAAUAUAAGAGCUAUUGUUAAGUAACUUUUUCAUACAAAGGAUUGUUGAUGUGUUAAAGCCACAGCCCUUUUUCUAUAAAUGUUCUAUCCAAGGCAAUUUUACUAUUGAGGAAUGCAUGAUGUUUCGGGAGUGUAUUUUUGUUAUACAUAUAUAUGGGCACUUAUAUAUAAAACAGUUUAUUUUUUGAUAGUAGUAAUGUUAUUAAAUUCAGUUUAUAAUGUAUGAUAGCAGUAAUGUUAUUAAAUACAGUUUCUAUUGUAUGAUAGCAGUAAUGUUAUUAAAUUCAGUUUAUAAUGUACGAUAGCAGUAAUGUUAUUAAAUACAGUCUCUAUUGUAUGAUAGCAGUAAUCUGAGUGUUAUUAAACUCAGUUUGUUAAUAUGAUAGCAGUAAUCUGAGUGUUAUUUAAUUAGUUUGUAUGAUAGCAGUAAUCCGAGUGUUAUUAAACUCAGUUUGUUGUAUGAUAGCAGUAAUCUGAGUGUUAGUUAAUUGGGAAUCUGGUAGGAUAUUGAUGGAGUGUUUACCAAAAGUUGUGAUAAUCUACUGUAGGCAGAAACGAUUACAGUUCCAUUAAUUUCCCAUUAAAUCUUUAAUCCACAUCUUGGUUCACAGUUUAUAUUGACUAUUUCUUUACAAAUAAUAAACAAGAUAAUGAGAAGUGAAAAAAAUGCCUAUUAACCUACAUUGAAAAGGUGUUUAACAUUUUCUCCACAUUGUUUUGAAAAACUUUAAAUUUGAAAAUUGAUACAGUUAUUUUUAUAGUUAUUUUUAUUGUUAUUUUACAUCUAUUAUUCAUUAAGGGGUUAAAUGUUGAAUUAAUGGACUGUUAAUGGUGUAUGAAUGCAGUAGAUGUGAUAGAUGUAAUUAAUUGAAAUCUUAGAGACCACCUGUAAUCUUUUAUAUGUAUUUUACUUUAUUUAAAUAUUCCUAAUGUAUUUAGCUUGUCUCAUCUGUAUAUCUUGUGUAUUUUUGCUAUGUUACAUCCAACUGUUUUUCCUUCAACUUUUCAAACACUACUACUCACAAAAGGCUAAAUUAAUUUUGACCGUUUGGUCUUCACCAUUAAUUACCUUAUCGGGACUCAAAAUUUUCAAAAUGGAGGACCGGUGCCCCUUGGAAGAGAUCAUUUAUGGACCCAAUAGGGGUAAUACAGGGAAGAGAAAAAUUCAUUCUCCAUCAAUAAUCAAUAAUAGUAAGAGGUAACUAGAGGUCCAAUUUUUAUAUUUUCUUUUGGUAGCUAGGAAUAUAGAAUAUUUGACCAAAGUUUUUGAGCAUAUCAGCGCAUCGGUGAUUGGCACUCACGGUUAUUUUAACUGAUAAAGGCUCAAUUCUUGUGUAGGAUUCCUGGAAGCAAAGAAGUGAGAUCUGUCUUUAAAAAUAAGUACAUUGUAUGUAACUUUUGCAUUUUUUUCCUCACUAAAUUGACUAUGAAUCAUCCUCGGAACCUAAAGAUCACCAGUAAGACAUCUUGAAGGUAUUAUUCCCUGUGACACUGAGCAGCUAAAUUCAAAAUAGGGAAUAUUUGAUAUACCCUCAAUAAGAACAUUUUGUUUUAAAACAAUCGCAAAAAAGUUAUAUCAAUGUAAUACAAUGUAUAUUAAUCAUGCUUGUUGGCCCGGAUGGAAGUACGCGAGGGGUCUUACUGUGUGAGGAAAACCGUAGUACCCGGGAAAAACCCACAUUGUCGAGCAGGUACCAAAAUACCUUUUCAUGUCCAAUCAGGGAAAAGCAAGUGUGGUACCACUGUGCCACCUGACCACCCUAUGAUAUAGAGUGAUAUAGGCCCUUUUGGCCUCUUGCUUUUUUAUAUCACAAAUUAUGCAAAAGUUGAAUGAUGUUUCUACACCCUUGUUAGUAGUUUUAUAUUAUGUAAUUGGGUUUUUUUUUAAAGUAUAACAGAACAAUUCUAAAUGUUGAUGAUGUGGGAAUUUAGCAAAAUUGUGUUUUUAAUAAUUUACAUAAUUUCUAUAAUAAUGAAUUUUUGAUAAUCAAUAUUUUACAUGUGUAUAUAUAGAGACAAUAUGGGAUCACUUUUGAUUGAAGUGCAUAUGAGUUUAUAUCAUCAUUAUUAAUGUUUGAAUCAAUUUCUCAUUGAGAACCGUAACUCCUCGAGUCAUGAUAACUUGCCUGAACCUGAUGAAACAAUUGGCUAUAAUUUUAUCUAUUGUUUGAUUGACAAUAAACCAUAUACCGUAUUUAUUCUCGAAGAAAUCCCCAUGCCUAUAGUGAAAAAGUGUAGCAUUAGAAUUUGCGGAUGGCUUCUUUGUGAACUAGGUUAACUUACUACAGGGCAUUUCAAAAUAGAUGAUUCUUCAAAAAUAAAAAGGAGGAUUGUGGGCAUUUU